UCGGGAGUUUAGGAGUGCACUGGACAGCAAUUCAGUCAAAAAUGCUAAAUCUUAUUUUAGUUCUCGCUGGAGUUUGUGCAGUGGGCAUGGCAAUGCCAUUACCUGAUUUUUACUCUUACUCACCUGCUGUUGGGGAUGGAACUGGAGUUUCAUUUUCCACUGCCCAUGAAGAACGCAUUACAGGCAUUCGAAUCUGGGAGUAUCCAAACGCUUACAUUACUGGGAUUCAGCUAAAAUAUGGCAACGACUGGACAGACGUGGUUGGUGGGACCUAUGUCAAUCUAAUGGAGUGGACGCUAAAUGACAAUGAAUUCAUCAUUCAGGUCUCUGGAAAGCAUGACUAUGGUUAUAUCUAUCAGCUUAUGUUCGUCACUAAUACAGGGCGCAUAUUUAAAAUUGGGCAGCCUUCAGGCACCUCGUUUAACUUCUACCCCGCUCAUGAUGGAGCUGAGCUGCGUUUCCUAAGUGGUCGACAGAAUGGCAAUGGCAUCACCUCCAUUGGUGCUCAUUGGGCUAUGUAUUACCCCAGUCAAACAACCACUACUGGCACCACUACUGCAGUUCCAUCUUAAAAUUACUCAGUGUGCUGUACCUUUGCUUUAACUGCAAACUAAGCAAACAGCUACAGACACUUCUUGUCCUGACUACACAUUUAUUUCUUUUAACAACAGUAUAUAGCAAAACAGUUUGUUGUGUUUAUUUUAG